AUGUCACUACCUGAGGACCAUAUCUACACUGACCAUGUCCACCCAUGGGAAGAAAUAGUAGAGUAUGUGAAAGAAUACGGAACUAUUGCAAACUAUUUGAUCAAGACCAAAAUUCAAUAUCCUGAAGGAGUCACUUAUCUUGUACUCACAAACGAUUUCCCUUAUUCUGUAGAUCCUGGGAUCGAUCAUAUAUUGAUUUGGUCAAAGACACCGAUGGCAGCAGAGCAAGUUUUAGAAAUAUUAGAAGAGAGAUAUGGCAGUGAAACAUGGGAGUGGUCAUUCUUCGUAAAUCCUCCACAAUGGCAAAGUGUACCUUCUUUACCUCAUACUCAUGUCUUUUUAAGAAAAAGAGUUCGAGACGAAUGA